AUGGCUCGUUUCAACCCUCCAGCGCCUUUCGACUUCAGCUCACCGGACCAGUGGCCCGCGUGGAAACUCCGUUUCACCCGUUUUCGUGCCGCCACCAAACUGAGUUCCGACCCGGGAGAAACUCAGGUGGCCACUUUGUUGUAUGCUCUCGGACCCAACGCCGACUCCUUGUUCGAGUACCAACUCGGACUAUCCGAGGACGACAAGAAGAAAUAUGACGAGGUCGUCAGUGCUUUCGACACGUACUUCCGCCCCUCUACCAAUGUUGUUCAUGAACGGGCUAAAUUUGAACAGCUUGUACAACAACCCGGCCAGACCGUAGAGGAGUUUGUCCGUGCUCUGUACAAAGCCGCAGAGUAUUGUGAGUUUGCUGGCACGAAGGAUGAGCGUAUCAGAGACCGCUUCGUCGCCCACAUGCUGGACAAGCGGGUGAGUCGGGAGCUGCAGAUGAAAGACAAGAGCGAGCAAACUCUCGCCAAAGUUGUUGCGUUCGCACGGCACGCCGAAACUGUCCAGCAACAGGUUGCAGCCCAAUCGCGCAGUGGCUUGGCCGCCGCCAGCUCGAUUUCAGACGAUGAUGCCUCAGCCUCAGCUGUCCAGUCGCACCGUGGUGGUCGAUCUAUGCCGAAGAGCAGACCGCAUGGUAGCUACAAAUCUGCAGCAACGCCGCCUGCGACCGAAUCGAAGUGCCCGAACUGUGGUGGAAGCCACCACUCGCAACGCGAUCAGUGCCCAGCCAGAGGCCAGUGCUGCAAAGCCUGUGGCAAGCGCAACCACUUCGCGCGAGUUUGCCGAUCGAAACCGUCCACCUCUGCCGUCACGAACGACUCUCCGGACUCUCUAUUUGUUGGCCACACGACGUGCGCACAAAGUGUAAGUGAUUCACCCUGGUUGGCAGAUCUAGCUAUCGGAAAGAGUGUAGUCCAGUUCAAGCUAGAUACUGGAGCUGAUGUCUCUACCAUGUCCGUGCAAUCAUACAAUACACUGCAGCCCAAGCCGUCCUUAUCUGCUACUAGUGCUCAGCUGAGAGGAGCGAAUGACCAGACUAUGCAGGUCCUGGGUGUAUUUGAGGCUCACUGCUCCUUUCAAUCCCAGUCCACUACCAUACCCAUCUUUGUUCUAGAUGGUGCCAGCACUAGCCUGCUCAGCCGAUCUGCGUGCACAGCACUGGGUCUAGUCCAGCGUCUGGCUGAAGUGCAAGGUCCAGUCCCACUCGUACAGUGUAUGGUUGGUCCUGCUGCGCAGAUUCACUUGACUUCCGACGCCACACCGUAUCACUGCCUCACAGCUCGCAGAGUUCCUCAUCACCUGUAUUCGAAAGUACGUGAAGAACUGCACCGCAUGGAAGAUGGCGACAUCAUUGCGCGUGUCGACGAACCCACAGACUGGUGUUCGCCUAUGGUGCCCGUCCUCAAACCUAACGGCAAGGUACGCAUCUGUGUCGACCUGAAGCGUCUUAAUGCGUCUGUCAAGCGGGAGACAUUUCAGCUGCCAACGUUAGAAGAUGCCCUGUCUUCACUGGCCGGAGCGACUGUGUUCACGACAUUGGACACUGCUAACGGAUUCUGGCAAGUCCCACUCAGUCCCGACUCUGCCCGUUUGACCACCUUCAUCACGCCGUUCGGCAGGUUCUACUUCAAGCGACUGCCAUUCGGCAUCACAUCAGCACCUGAGAUUUUCCAGAAGCGUCUCACCAACCUUCUGGACCAGCUCCCCGGCGUGUUCGUCUACAUGGACGAUAUCAUUGUCUCUGGCCGUACGCGAGAAGAACACGACCGUAACCUAGCUGCCGUACUAGACAUCCUGCAGAAAGCCAACGUCACGCUGAACAUGACGAAAUGUCACAAGCGUCAGGCCGAAGUGAAGUUCCUUGGUCACAUCUUCUCCGCCAAAGGUCUCCACCCUGACCCAGCGAGAGUGUCCAGCGUCGCUAAUCUGAAGCCGCCCAAGAACGUCACGGAACUGAAGCGCAUUCUCGGCAUGUUCGCGUUCAUGUCACGCUUCAUUCCCAAUCUCUCGGAAGUCAGCGCUCCACUGCGUCUUCUACUGGGGCAUGACACCGCAUGGGAGUGGUCUGCUACACAACAACAGGCCCUGGACAAGCUCAAACAGCUUGCCACCAAUGCGCCCUGCCUCACGUUCUUCGACCCAACCAAGCCCACGGUCAUCAGCGCUGAUGCCAGCAGUUACGGCUUGGGAGCUGUCCUAUUGCAGGAGCAUGACGACGGAAUGCGCCCCAUUGCAUUUGCCUCACGCAGCCUCACCACUACUGAGCAACAGUACGCGCAGAUCGAGAAGGAGUGCUUGGCUGUUGUCUGGGCUUGUGAGCGAUUCCACGGCUACAUUUACGGCAACUCGUCCCUCACUGUCCAGACGGAUCACAAACCACUCAUCCCGCUGAUCAAUACGCGUGAUUUGAACCGUGUCCCGAUGCGAUGUCAACGCCUCCUGAUGCGCCUGCUCACGUACAAUCCAGCCGCCGUGUAUGUCCCUGGCAAAGAGCUAGUUGUUGCCGAUGCUCUGUCUCGCGCUCCGCUCGCCUGUGACGACACGCCUAGUCUCCAAGACGAGAUCAGCAUCAACCUCGCAUCUUACAUCGGCGAGAUCGUGUCGGAUGGUAAAGCCCGUGACAUUGCUGACGCCACCACACAAGAUGAGACGCUCAAGCAAGUCCUCCACUUCGUCCAACACGGAUGGCCGUGCAACCCACGUGAUGUCGACGACACUGUGCGCCCAUACUUCCAUGAACGCCAGUUACUGUCCUGUGAGCAAGGUGUGCUGUACCAUGGCUUCCGCAUUGUCAUGCCACCCUCUCUGCAGCCUGAGAUGCUCGAGAAGCUCCACGAGGGACAUCAAGGUGCAACGAAGUGCAAGUCUCGCGCCCGCCAUUCCAUUUGGUGGCCAGGCUUGUCAAGGCAAAUCGACACGAUGGUCGCUACGUGUGAAGUGUGCACCAAACACCGCGUCCAGUCGACCGAACCACUGCAACCCGUCCAACGCCCAACACUGCCGUGGCACACGGUUGGUGCAGAUCUGAUGGAAUUCAACGGCACGACUUACCUCGUCAUUGUUGACUAUCUCUCGCGUUACCUCGAUGUCGUACCGCUGACUGCCACAACCUCGAUUGCUGUCAUCAAGCAUCUGCACCGCAUCUGUGCCGAGCAUGGUUUCCCGUCCACCUUGGUUACAGAUAACGGUCCUCAGUUUGCCAGCGAAGCGUUUACUGAGUUCUGCACAGCAAACGACAUCACCCAUCGCACUUCCAGUCCACGGUAUCCUCAGUCGAAUGGCGAAGCGGAACGUGCAGUUCGCACCGCCAAGAAUCUCCUGCGGAAGGCCGAAAGCCUGCAAGAUGCACUCUUGGCUUACCGCACGACACCGCUGAGCAACGGCUAUGCCCCAUGUCAGCUGUUGUAUGGCCGCCAGCUCCGUACCGGUCUACCUGCAACGACUGAACAGCUGGAACCGAAAUGGCCUGAUCUCCCUAGUAUUCUGGAAUCGGAAACUCAGUCCCAGGAACAGCAGAAGUUGCACUACGACCAACGGCAUGCAGCUAAGCCUCUCGCGACUCUACAGCUUCAUGACCGUGUAUUCAUCACCGAUCUCGAACGGGAGGGCAAGAUAGUAGAGCAAGUGUCCAAUCGUUCUUACCUCGUUGAGUCUGGUCACUCUACUGUUCGCCGCAAUCGUCGUCACUUGAUCCGACUGCCACUGCUAGAAGCAGAGAAGCCGACAGUCGAGGUUGAGUACGGUGGCACAGCAGCUGAUCCAGUCCGUCGCUCUGCUAGAGCUCCUCAGCCUGUCAACCGCCUCAUUGAAUCAUGCUAA